GGGAUAUCUGUAUGUGUAUGGCUGAUUCAUUCCGUUGUGCAGUGGAGGCUAACACAACAUUGUAAAGCAACCAUAAUCCAAUAAAAAUUAAUAAUGAGAAAAAAAGAAAACAAGUGCAACAUCAUCUAAAGAAAAACCCACUGGAAGCCCACAGUGGGAGCAGAUGCGGCAGUUUUCCUUCUUUUGUGAAAACAGCAGUGCCCUCUGGAGGCAAAAAUGCGUCUUCUCCCUGCAUUUUUGGAUUAUACUUGGACUUGCAGCUUUUCCUGACAUGUAAGAAUAAUCCUCCUGCCAAUGCAGGUCACACGGGUUCGAGCCCUGGUCCAGAAAGAUCCCACAUGCUGCGGAGCAACUAAGCCCGUGAGCCACAACUGCUGAGCCUGCACUCUAGAGCCCAUGAGCCACGACUCCUGACCCCAGAUGCCUAGAGCCCGUGCUCCGCAACAAGAGAAGCCACUGCAUUGAGAAGCCCGCGCACCACAACGAAGAGUAGCCACUGCUGGCCGCAACUAGAGAACCUGUGCGCAGCAAUGAAGAACUAACAAAGCCAAAAAUAAAAUAAAUAAAUAUUACCAAAAAAAAAAGAAAGAAUGAUGGUGCUCUGAUGCUGUAGAGAGUCGCACAAAAUUUUCCUAUUGUAGAGGCAUCAGAAAUCAUUUCAGAGGCCUAGAGGCAACUAUGUGGAAACAAGUGUGGGCAACGGUGUCUUUAAGCAUUUUUAUUAUUAUUCUCCUCAAAUUCACAGUCUUUCAUUCCUACCUGUUAGAAGGAAAAAUUAUUAAAAUGUUUUCCCACGGUCUCUGAUUUUUAUCCAGACAAUCCCCUUUCUAAUUCGAUCAGAGAUAUUUAUCACAAACUCAGUAACGUAUGUCCUCCACAGGCAUAAGCACAGUUCCCUCUCUUUGGACACCCUUCAGGGGUCUUCACUCACCCAUAGGCUGGUUUUUUCCUCAUUGCUCUUUGAAUGCUGUGCUUAGUUUUACCAUUUGGUAUCAUCAUCCUCUUCUAAAUAUGUAAAAGCCUGCUUCGUCCUUUAAGGCCUGGCUCUAGCCUCACCUUCCUCAUAAAGCUUUCCCUGCUGUAGCCCAUACAGUUAUUUCCCUUCUUUGAAUCUCUCUGUAAAGGAUAGAGGGUAAACAGUAACAACAGCAGCAAAAGCAAUGUGUGCAUCUUCACCGAGUGAAAUUAAAAAUCACUCAAGAUCAGAAAUCUUGUUUAGUCUUCCUGUUGUGUAUUCUCACCAAAUUCCCUAAGAUGCUCAUCAUAUUACAUCCUAUUCAUUCCUAGAAGGAGGCCGCCACGUUUGGGAAAGACAAAACAGAGUAAACAUUGAAAGACCCCAGAGACCUGGAGGAUGGACUUUUCCAAGGGUGUCGGAGCAGCAGCUUACAAUGAGAAAUCAGAGAUUGAUAAUCUCAGAGAAAACUACAGUCGGCAAAUUUCCAUUAAUCACAAUGAGUUCAAAAUUUUAAAAAAUAAUGAGAGUCAGCUGUGGGAAGUCCUCCAGAAAAAAUUUAGCUGUAUCUUUACCCUAGUUUCUCCAGCCCAGGAAGGUAACAGUGAGUCUCUACAAGUCUUCAGAAAAAUGCUGGCGCCCAGGCUAGAGUUAUCUGUCUGGAAGGAUGACCUCACCAGACAUGUUGUUGACGUUGUGGUGAAUGCAGCCAAUGAAGACCUCAUUCAUGGGGGAGGCCUGGCCCAGGCCCUCGUGAAAGCUGGCGGCCUUGAAAUCCAAGAGGAGAGCAGAAGAUAUGUUUCCUUUUAUGGCAAAAUUCCAACUGGUGGCAUAGCUAUCACAGGAGCAGGGAAGCUUCCCUGCAAACUCAUUAUCCAUGCUGUUGGGCCUCGGUGGGGGUUAAUGGAUAGACAGGAAUGUUUCGAAAAACUGCGUAGAGCCAUUAUAAAUAUUUUGGAUUUUGUCAAUAGUAAUGAGUGCACUGAGACAGUAGCUAUUCCAGCCCUGAGCUCUGGGAUUUUCCAGUUCCCUCUGGAUUUGUGUACACAGGUCAUUGUGGAAACUAUCAAGCGUUAUUUCCAAAACAUGCAACUAGCCAAUAAUUUGAAAGAAAUUCACCUGGUAAGCAAUGAGGACCCUACUGUUGCUGCCUUUAAAACCAUUUCAGAAGCCAUCCUAGGGAGAAACGAGCUGGGGUCCCGGGUGAGUCAAGAAGCCACCGACCUUUUCAAUACUAUGGUUGUGAACAACCUGACUCUCCAGAUUGUCCAGGGCCACAUUGAAAUGCAGGAAACAAAUGUAAUUGUUAAUUCUGUAUAUACACAUGGUGGUCUUAGAGCCACAUCUGUGUCAAAAUCAAUUCUACAAGCAGCAGGAGAUGAAAUAGAAAGGGAAUUUAGCCAAAAUAUGACUAAAACACCACUAGAUUCCCAGUUGGUACUGGUCACAAAAGGAUUUAAAUUGCCCUGCAAAUACGUAUACCAUGUGUUGUGGCCUUCAGGAUAUUCUGAACAAAAACUGACAUUGGAAACUGCAAUGAAGAAAUGCUUGGGAAAAUGCCUUGAGCUAAAUAUAACUUCCAUUUCCUUUCCUGCCCUUGGGACUGGAAUCUCUGAAGCAGCAGAGAUUAUGUUUAAUGAAGUUUUAAUGUUUGCCAGACACCAUUUGCAACAAUUAACUGUAAAGUUUGUGAUCUUCCCAAAAGAACAGCAGUUAUAUAAGGUUUUCAGCACUGAAAUGGAAAAGAAUAAGUUGAAGCUGCAGGGUCUCAACAAUUACCCUGGUGUCCCCCAGGGGACCAGAGAGAAGAGAGAAAAUAGAUUUCCUGUCCUCAAUCUGAUGGGAUCCGAUCAGGAAAAGAUAGAUGAGGCCCAAGCGUGGAUCCAGAGGAUACUGACCCUCCAGGACUACCACAUCAUUGAGGAUAUGCAUAUCCUCUACCUCGGGAAAAAGAAACAUGACUAUUUGUCUGAGCUUCAGAAAACCUCAUGUGUCUCUAUCUCAGAGAUGAUCAGCCCGGGAAAAGCACAGUUAGAGAUUAAAGGAGCCCAGGCUGACCUCUUUAAGGCAGUUAUGAACAUUGAACUAAUGCUGUGUGAAGUUCAAGAGGAAAUGGCAAGAAAAAAGGAGCGCAUCCUUUGGAGCUUGUCAGGGCAGCAGACUGAUCAGCAACCAGAAAACCAGAAUCCAAUGAAGGAAAAUGCACUUUUGAAAUGCCUGAAGAUUUCAACUCGAGAAAUUCAGGAUCAAAAGAAACAGUUUGAAGACUGUGGUUUGUGGGUUAUAAAGGUGGAGAAGGUAGACAAUGCACUUCUCAUGGCUGCCUUCCAAAGAAGGAAGAAAAUGAUGGAAGAGAGAACCCAUGGGAAACCUGUGAGCCACAGGUUGUUUCAGCAAGUCCCACACCAGUUCUGCAAAAUGGUAUGCAGAGUCGGCUUUCACAGAAUGUACUCCGUGCCCUGCGACCCAAAAUAUGGAGCUGGAAUAUACUUCACCAAGAACCUCAAAAACGUAGCACACCAGAUCAAGAAAACAUCUGCCACAGAUAAGCUGAUCUAUGUGUUUGAGGCUGAAGUACUCACAGGCUCCUUCUGCAAGGGUCAUGAGUUAAAUAUUGUUCCCCCACCCUUGCAUCCUGGAGCCGUAGACUGCCAUGACAGUGUGGUUGACAAUGUUUCCAGCCCUGAAACCUUUGUCAUUUUUAGUGACACACAGGCUGUGCCCCAGUAUUUGUGGACUUGCACCCAAAAUCAUGUACAGGAUUACUCAGGACAAAUGAUGCUGUCUCCACAGCAGCCUUGGAGGAAACUCUCAAGUGGCAGCUCUGUUGAUUAACCUCCACAUCAUUUUAACAACAGGUAUGACCUUCCUUUGGAGGAAACCACUCAAAGAGUGGUUUGAAUAUGUCAAAUAAACUAUCAUCUUAGCGCCUUCAUCUUUGUCUUCCUCUUUUGGGGUUGGGGUGGGUAGAUAACAACUAAAACACUCUUAGGACCUCUCCCUCUCCUUCAAGUUGUCCUUUUAUCUUCUUUACCAUAGGCAAAAUACCAUAGCAAAAAUGUUUUACAUGUAGUGAAGAGAUUUUCCAGUAUAUAAUCCAAUCCUUAUAUUUUGUAAAAUGAUCAUAGUGUAACAUAUUAAGACGGCAAGAUGAUUUUAGAUUUUCCAGAGAAUCUUAUAAAGUGCUUUAUAUAUCAAAAUAAAUCACCUUUGUCAAAGUAACUGGCUCUGAAAAUUAUGUGUAAAAUGAACUUAUUUGCAGUGGAAGGACACCAGACGGCCAAUAUUCUACUGCUACCCCUUUUGGAUUCAGCUAUUUCAAGUAAUGCCACUCAGGCACCAUGAGGCUAAAUUAUUAAUUCACCAAAUAUAUCUUGGUCACCAGAUGUAUGUAUUUCAGUCACUUUCUCGGUGCUGGGGCUACGAUGCUGGACAAGACAAAUGUCUUCCUAAAGCUUUCAGCCGAAAUAAUCAGAAAGGCAGCUAUGGACAACUUAACAAGUGUGACUCGGUAUAACAAAAGAGGAAUUACAGAUUCUUUGGAAAAAUUUAAGGAGGAGAAGCAUAAAUUAAUCUGGGGUUGGGAGGAAGUCCUUUUAAAAAAAAGUGAAACUCAAGUUGAGACCUGAAGAAUUUUUAAGAUAGGCGAAUUAGGAACGCAGCACAUUGGGAACACAGUUGGAAGAGUAUUCUGUGCAGCGAGCUCUUAAAAAGGCUGAAUCUGCUGUGACUGUGGCCAUAUUUGACUUCAGAUUUCUGCAAUGUAGUGGCCAGCUAAUCUCAGCAUGCAUCUCUUUCCUAUUCUGAAAUCAAUAUCUCUCUAUACUUCCAAACUUCCCUGACCUUCACAUCCUCAACCUCUUGUCUAGAAUACUUCCUCCUCCUCAUCUUACCUUAGCCAGCAUUCUUCAUCUGAAAAGAAGCAUGUUUAUUGGCUCAUAUGUUACUGCCCUUGAAUAUGGGCAAGAGGAGUCCCGCCUUGGACUUCUGGUUUGAGAGGGUCUCACUCUCAACCUUCCUCUGGCCAUGCCCAUCUCCACAAGGUGAGGAAUGCACAAGGUCAAGAGAAUGUGUCCAUUUGGAACCUGCGCACCUCACUUCUAAGCCACCCACUAGGUACCUGGAACUCUAACUUCCCGCCUACACAGCUUCAAGUCUACUUCCAGGACUCUUCCUUGGGUCUCUCUCCCAAGGGUAGACUAUGCCGCAGUCUGCAUCAAGAAUGGCCAUGGAGUGUUUUCAGGGAUGGAGCUUGGACAUGAGGGCUGAGGUGUUCACACGCCUGUGCAUGAGUCUGUGGUACAGAGUUGAGGGUGAGAGGACUGAUUUGAAAGAUCUAGCAUAUAUUUAAUAGAGAUGUCAAAAGAUAAUGGAGGAGAGGCAGUGUUCACAAGGGUAAGAAAAGAAACAACCCAUACCAAGAAACAUAAUGAAACUGUAGGCCACCAAAGAGGUGAUCUUAAAAGCAGGCAGAGGGAACAGUCAAGCUAUGUACAAAAGAAUGACAAUUAGACUGACAACAUAUUUCUUGUUGUAGGCAGUAUAAUGUCCUCCCUCUGCUCAUUGCAAAGAUGUCCACACCUUAACCUCCUGAAUCUGUGAAUAUAUUACCUUACAUGGCAAAAGGCAUUUUGCAGAUGUGAUUAAAGUUACCCUUCAGGGUCAGGGGAAGGGAUAGUUAGGGAGUUUGGGAUCAACAUAUACACAUUGCUAUAUUUAAGAUGGAUAACCAACAAGGACGUACUGUAUAGCACAGGGAACUCUGCUCAAUGUUAUGUGGCAGCUUGGAUGGGAGGGGAGUUUGGGGGAGAAUGGAUACAUGUAUAUGUAUGGCUGAGUCACUUUGCUGUGCACCUGAAACUAUCACAACAUUGUUAGUUGGCUAUACCUCAAUAUAAAAUAAAAAGUUAAAAAAAAUAAAGUUACCCUUCAGAUGGGAAGA